CUCUUUCUUGCUAGAAUAUAAUCUAUCCCUCCGAUCCUGGGCUGGCUUAUAUAUAGACAUAUAUAUAGUUAUAUUGGAUUGCCUCUCGACAAAUCUGUUUAAGAGCUAGAAGAACAAAAAACCAAUGGAGAAAUAUCUUCGAGGCGGGCCGGGUCAGCCAGCGACAAUGGUGAUGGUGCCAUUGCUUCACCUGCUGGCCGGGUUUGCCCCAUUUUGUUUCAGUUGGGAUUGUGUAGGGGUGUGGUUAGGGACAUACAUCCUCGCCGGCCUCGGAAUAACGCUCGGUUAUCACCGGAAUUUGUGUCACAAGAGUUUCAAGCUUCCCAAAUGGCUCGAGUAUUUUUUUGCCUAUUGGGGUGCUCUAGCUCUCCAGGGGGAUCCAAUUGGUUGGGUGAGUACUCAUAGAUACCACCACAAAUAUACCGAUUCUAUGAAAGACCCUCACAGUCCCCUUGAAGGAUUUUGGUUCAGUCACGUGGGAUGGAUCUUUGAUGUUGAAUCUGAAAAAGAAAGGAGUGAAAGGGCAACAAAUGUAGCAGAUUUGGAGAAUCAACCCUCUGUCGCCGGUUUUCCAAGGGGGAUCCAAUUGGUUGGGUGAGUACUCAUAGAUACCACCACAAAUAUACCGAUUCUAUGAAAGACCCUCACAGUCCCCUUGAAGGAUUUUGGUUCAGUCACGUGGGAUGGAUCUUUGAUGUUGAAUCUGAAAAAGAAAGGAGUGAAAGGGCAACAAAUGUAGCAGAUUUGGAGAAUCAACCCUUCUACAAGUUCCUCCAACAGACCUACAUUGUUCAUCCUGCCAUACUUGGAGCAUUGCUUUAUGCCAUUGGCGGAUUUCCUUACGUUGUUUGGGGCUUGGGAGUAAGAGGUACAUGGGGAUAUCAUGUGACAUUUCUUGUGAACUCUGCGUGUCACAUAUGGGGAAACCAACCUUGGAAAACCGGCGACCUAUCUAGAAAUAAUUGGUUAGUGGCAUUGGUCACAUUCGGAGAAGGGUGGCAUAAUAACCAUCAUGCCUUUGAGCAUUCAGCUAGACAUGGUCUAGAAUGGUGGCAGCUCGACACAACUUGGUGCACCAUAUGGACACUCCAAAAGUUGGGUUUGGCUACUCAUAUCAAGUUGCCAACAGAUGCACAAAAGAAAAAGCUAGCUUCAAACCACAACCAAAUAGUACAUCCAGUUGAUGUGAUUCCACAACUUAAAUAAAAGCCUACUCUAAACUCUAUAAAUUUUACCAAGUUCUCUACUAUCCCCGAUCCCCAUUUUAGUCUAGCUUCUUACUUAUGUAUUAGUCCCAUCUCCAAAUAAAUAAAAACUAGUAUUGUAUGCACGAGAUUAAUUAUUUUGCAUAUUAAAAAGCAAAUUUGUGUACCUAUUACAUUUAUGAUAUACAUAUAUAGACAUAAUAGUAAUCUUGUCAACAAAAUCCACAGUCAUUUUC